CUUUCAGAGUGUAAUACUGACUGGGGAAAACAACAAGGGUCUUCAUGCAUCAUGUCACUAAUACCACCAGACAGUGGAGUGUACUGGUGUGAGUCUGGGUCUGGAGAACACAGCAAUGCUGUCAACAUCACAGUACAUGCUGGAGCUGUGAUCCUGGAGAGCCCUGCCCUUCCUGUGACUGAGGGAGAUUCUGUGACUCUGCGCUGCAGAUAUCAGGGAACUCCCUCUAACCUCACAGCUGAUUUCUACAAAGAUGGAUCCCUCAUCAGGACUGAGACUACAGGAGAGAUGACCAUCCCUGCAGUAUCCAAGUCAGAUGAAGGACUCUACAAGUGUACCAACUCUGAAGGAGAAUCACCAGAGAGCUGGAUGACUGUGACAGAUGGAGCUGUGAUCCUGGAGAGCCCUGCCCUUCCUGUGACUGAGGGAGAUUCUGUGACUCUGCGCUGCAGAUAUCAGGUAACUCCCUCUAACCUCACAGCUGAUUUCUACAAAGCAUAA